AGGAUUCUGAUUCAAUUAGUGUUCCAUACAUUAUUUUGUGGUUUUUUUUUUUUUUGAAGUAAUGCUGAAUACAACCUUAGUCACCAAAUUUCUCCUCUUGGGAGUGACAGACAUACAAGAACUGCAGCCUUUUCUCUUCGUGGUUUUCCUCACCAUCUACUUCAUCAGUGUGGCUGGGAAUGGAGCCAUUCUAAUGAUUGUCAUCUCUGAUCCUAGACUCCAUUCCCCUAUGUAUUUCUUCCUGGGAAACCUGUCCUGCCUGGAUAUCUGCUACUCUACGGUGACACUGCCAAAGAUGCUGCAGAACUUCCUCUCUACACACAAAGCAAUUUCUUUCUUGGGAUGCAUAAGCCAGCUCCAUUUCUUCCACUUCCUGGGCAGCACAGAGGCCAUGCUGUUGGCCAUGAUGGCAUUUGACCGCUUUGUGGCUAUCUGCAAGCCACUUCGCUACACUGUCAUCAUGAACUCUCAGCUCUGUACCCAGAUGGCCAUCACAAUCUGGACCAUUGGUUUCUUCCAUGCCCUGCUGCACUCCGUAAUGACUUCUCGCUUGAACUUCUGUGGUUCCAACUGUAUCCAUCACUUCUUCUGUGAUGUGAAGCCGUUGCUAAAGCUGGCCUGUGGGAACACUGAGCUCAAUCAGUGGCUGCUCAGUACCGUCACAGGGACAAUCGCAAUGGGCUCUUUCUUUCUCACAUUUCUCUCUUAUUUCUACAUUAUCACCCAUCUCUUCUUCAAGACUCAUUCUUUUAGCAUGCUCCACAAACCACUGUCCACUUGUGCCUCCCACUUCAUGGUAGUUAUUCUUUUGUAUGCACCUGUUCUCUUCACCUAUAUUCAUCCUGCCUCAGGGACCUCCAUGGACCAGGACCGGAUCAUUGCCAUCAUGUACACUGUGGUCACUCCAGUACUAAACCCACUGAUCUACACUUUGAGGAACAAGGAAGUGAAGGGGGCCUUUAAUAGAGCAAUCAAAAGGUAGCUUUGACCUAAAGAAAUCUUGAAGAACUCUUCUGAAGCAUAAA